GAUAGAGGGACAGGUAACGAUGGAGACAGCAAAUUGGACAUGAACCGAAGGCGUCGUUAUUGGGAGACCUCCCAAAGAACAUAACUGUGAUUCCAAAGAAAAACCAAAAAAAAAAAUAUCUAAAAAGGUGAGAGAUGCGGAACGGACGUUAGAGAUAAAAAAAAAUAUGCAUCUCUUACCUUAUAAUAGAUAUAUUUAAUGGCGGAGGAUAACACGAUAACUAUUAUUUGACUCUCUCUUGUUCUCCUUCUUCUUUUCCUUGCUGCUGCUGCUGUUGUUAUAGAUCAAAAAUGGUAGUGGCUAUGGCGUUUUCUAGUCUUUCUCUUCACUAUUGUUAUAAGGGCAAAGUAGUUGAAAAGUACUCCUGUUUUGCUUUUCAUACUACUCCACUCCACAUUCUUUGUAAGCAGACGGCUGGUACUACUGGGAGUAGGAGAUUGUCAUCUUAUAGGACCAUAAUCAUUCCACAAGCAUCAUCAGCCACGGCAGUAGAGGAUGGAAGUCAUAAUGAGACAGAUUCAGUUCCAACUCCAAAAGUAAUAAUAGACCAAGACUCUGAUCCAGAUGCAACCGUGGUCGAGAUUACCUUUGGAGAUCGUCUCGGUGCUCUUCUGGAUACUAUGAAUGCACUUAGAAACCUCGGCCUAAAUGUUACCAAGGCUAAUGUAUUUUUGGAUUCUUCUGGGAAGCACAACACUUUCUCCAUCACUAAAGCUGAUACAGGUAGAAAAGUUGAAGAUCCAGAGCUGCUUGAGGCGAUUCGAUUGACAAUCAUAAACAAUCUGCUUCAGUACCACCCUGAAUCAAGUUCCCAAUUAGCAAUGGGAGUUGCCUUUGGUGUGGAGCCUCCAAAGCAACAGGUUGAUGUGGAUAUUGCAACUCACAUAAGCGUCUAUGAUGAUGGUCCUGAUCGCAGCUUGCUAUUUGUGGAGACAGCUGAUCGCCCUGGAUUAUUGGUUGAUCUUGUAAAGAUUAUCACUGACAUUAAUGUUGCUGUUGAUUCAGGAGAAUUUGACACAGAGGGAUUGUUGGCAAAGGCCAAGUUUCAUGUUAGCUACAAGGGUAAAGCCAUCAUCAAGCCUCUUCAACAGGUUCUUGCUAACAGUCUGCGGUAUUUCUUGAGGCGGCCAUCGACUGAGGAGGCAAGUUUUUGAGCCAAAAAGAAAUCGUAUGUUAAUGUUUCUUACAGGAACUUUUGAACUAUUCCUGAGAAAAAGUGUCCAAUGUUGUCAUAUUAUUUACACAGGGUGUUGACACAUUGCUCUCACAAAAAAUAUUAUGGACAAUAAAUAUUGCAGAUUAUUACAA